CAUUCAGAGUUUCGAAGGCAAUUUCGGUCAACGUUUGGCUUCGAGCUUGCUGGAGACCGGGAUGUGCUGGUGGAGGACCUGAGGGUGAAGGCCGUUGGGAACUUGAACAAGAAGGAAGAAGUACCAAAACCAAUAGUUCUUAAGGUUAUCGCUCAAAGGUUAUCGCUCAAGCAUGUCCUUACAGUAUCACCCUUGGUUCUUCUUUUUCUACUUGUGAAAAACGGACGACCAAGGAUGCACUCGGGGAUGCUAGCGCGGUAGCUCUAAAAUAGAUGAGUUUGAGCUGGCUCGUGCUUCUGGUUCUCCUAGUCGAACAACGGCUAAAGUAGGACAAAAUGACCAGCGUGAUCAUCCGCGUUGUGCCGCAGUGGAUCGGAUUUUCGACGUCCUAGAGAAGCGUUGGGUCACUGCUGGAGUGUAUUUCUUAUCCGUGCCCGAAGACUCGACGGCGUUUGUCGAGGAGCCAAAUGAUGAGACGUGGAGUCAGAUGGCUUCUAUGAUAGUAGGGCUGCAAGAUACGGGACGAAUAAAGCAAGAAGAAUCUUCAACGAGGCGGGAAGAUGACGCAGCGCUUUGCAAGAAAGUAAGGCUUGUUUUUCUCAAGGAGUAUAUGGGAUUCUUCUUGACGAGGAAGCGACUUGAGCAGCAGAGAACAAGUGCGGCUCUGUCAGAACAACAGGACUCGGGGAUCUUCCCUGUCCUUCAACCUGGGGACAUUAUAGCGGGACCAGCAUGGGUACUUGAUAAGACAACGACCUGUGUUUUGGAUGCAGCGUGUACAGCGAAGGUGUUGCCUGAUGGUAGUCUGGAUAUCACGGUGCUGCCUGAUAGUAGUAGUGGCACAAAGAGCACAGCGACCACUAAAGGGACUAAAAAUGGUACUACUACGCCCACCACUAAUUCUGCCGGAGCUGCAACCAGCCUUCAGGACAGCAUUUUGGCGUGGAGGAAAUACUUAUCAGCUCCCUCUCGGCUGCCUGAAGCUUUUGAUCCGAGCGGUAAGCCACUGAAGAAUGGGGAAGCUAGUGCUUCUAGGGAUGAAAGAAGACCAGGGGUACAGCUCCCAUCAUCUCCGUCUUCACGACUCCAUAAGAGCAGGAGGAAACAUGAGCAUCUAUCUUCUGACCCUGAACCUCCACCUACAGGCCCCGAUCCUGCGUCCCUAAGUGUCUACGUUACGGCUCGCCGAAAUUCAUCUUAAGAGGCAUGAUCUUUGACCCGUUUUAAAAGGGAAAACACAGCGAAGAUCACUUCCAAGGUGAAUUCGUGUGAGCUCUAACCGAAGCCAUCGCUUCAUGUCUGUAGCGGAGCAAGCUGGGCGUGUAUUGCAGCGGACGGCCGUCUCUGUGAACAUCAAAGAGCGUCUGGACUUUUCGUGUGCUAUCUUCUCGGCUGACGGAGGGCUAGUAGCGAAUGCACCACACGUGCCAGUUCAUCUAGGCGCGAUGGCGGAGACGGUGAAAGCGCAAUUGUGUAUACGGAGAGAGGAGCUGAGAUCAAUCCUAUCAUCAUCGACCAAGAAUGAUACUCAGAUUAAGGCUGGUUCUGGUAGUACUGCAGCUGUCAACAGCGUGCAUCCCUGUUCGUCCCUUUUUCAAUUAGCGGAAAGAGAAAAAAAAAAUGGGACUAAGGACAUCCUUUUCUUAAUUAGGGACCAUGGACGCAUCCCAGAGUGCCCAUGCAUCCAAGAGUGUCAAUCUAAUAGAAGAGACAUCCAGCUGGCAUGGGUUACGAACGACCCCUUCGCAGGCGGAUCGCAUCUGCCAGAUGUAACCGUUAUAACGCCAGUUUUUGUCAAUAACUCGACGUCUAUGAUGUCCUCCUCCAAGUCCAACGAGACGCAGACUGGAGAACAACGAGAGCUCCUAUUCUUCGUCGCCAACAGAGGUCAUCACGCAGAUAUAGGCGGCAUAGCUGCUGGAUCCAUGCCCAGCAAUAGCACACUGCUGUCUCAAGAAGGGAGUUUGUUGCGGUCUGAGAUUUUGGUUUCAGAAGGUGGCGAAUUCCAGGAACCAAGGAUGCGAGAACUCUUCUCAACAUCGAGAAACUUGGAGGAUGUUGUCAGUGACUUGAAGUUAAGAUGACUUUGAAGAAAUAGAUAGAUACAACAUGGGAAGUUUUACCUUAAACUCUACUAUGUAUCUUCUUUCCAGCUGUGUAUCAUGUCUAUAUUAAAGACCACUUUUUAGGGACUACUCUUCAACACACAUAUCUUCUUUGGCUGAGUAAGAGUGACUUUUUGGCUGACCUGGUCGUGCUCCUGGUUGUGUCGCGUGAGAAGCGCACUUUCUUGUUGCUCUAACCCUAGCGCAGGUUGCCGCGAACCAUAAAGCCAAAGCUCUACUGUUGGAGAUGCUGAACGACCGAGGGAGAAGGACAGUCCUAAACUACAUGGAAUGGGUACAACAGCAUGCUAGGCGCUGCGUCGAGGCCAUGCUACUGCAGAUGUGCAAGAAGUUUGGAAGGACAACCUUCGGUGCAGAGGAUUGUAUGGAUUGCGGGACGAAGAUCAAGUUGAAGGUGAGUAUCUUAACGACCAAUGAAGACACGACAACUGAAGGCCCAGAAUUGAAACGGCAACGGCGAAUUCAAGACGAAGAGCUAGUAAACGAGAAUGAUGGGAUGAGUGGGCACGAGAAAAAGCUACUUGGAAUGGAAAACAACAUCACGCAGGUGGAUUCUUCCGCUCCUCAGUCAUCGCACCUUCCAACGACGGCUUCUAGCAAAAAUGAGAAUAACCCUAGUACCCGUAAGAAUAUCCCUCGUAGUGCCGCUACAGCAAGUAACAAAAACAACCCUAGUACUUCUACCCACAACCAAAGUCUUGCUACCACCCAAAACCAAGGCCAAGGCCAGGUUCGAGCCAUCUUCGACUUCUCAGGCACUGGUGGUGAAAGGCCUGAGUCCAACAUCAACGCACCAAAAGCGAUUACCUCUGCAGCGAUCAUGUACUGCCUCAGAUGCCUUGUGCGUAUGGAUAUUCCGCUCAACUCCGGUUGCCUGCUACCAGUGGAGAUCAAACUACCGGAGAAGAGCCUGCUGAACCCCACUCUUAAGGCUACCUACUUCCAAGGAUACUAUUACUUAAGUACUCUCAAAGAGGAGGAACAACAAGAUGCGAGCGCGGUAGCUCUAACGCGCCUGGCCUUGCGGUCUGUGCGGGAAAUGUGACGACAUCAAUGCGCGUGACAGACGUCAUUUUAAAGGCUUUUCAUGCUCAAGCCGCGAGUCAGGGAUGCAUGAACAAUCUCAGUUUCGGGAUUUCAGCAGAGGAUGCUUCGGCGAAACGGUUUGGAUACUAUGUUAUGACGAACGACAUAUUAAUUGAAAUAGAAAUUAUGUAUAACAUCAAGUAAGUCAAGCGUGCAGUAGGCGGUUUUAUUACCAGUUGUUGUUUGUGAAAACAUGGCUCCUCCCAGCACGCUGCAGCUCUGUGGGUUAGUAGAGUAGUCUCUCUCGUCAAACCAUACAUUUUUACAACUCAAGUUCAAGUUCUUUGAUGAGUCAGCUUAUAGCCACAGUUGUUCCUCUCAUACCCAAAACCAUCGCCGGAGGCUCUGGAGCGGGACCUACAUGGCACGGAACUUCAGGAAAGCACGCUCACAUGACAAAUACACGGAUGACUGAUGUUGAUUAUGAGAAUCAAGAAUUGAGCGGUUGGAAUUUCGUCUAUCACCACUAGUUGAUUUUCGUAGAUGUUUCCGUAGAUGCUCUUCCAUCCCGUCUAUCACCACGACUUACUAGUAGAUUUUCGUAGAUGUUUCCGUAGAUGCUCGUCCAUCCUCAUCUAACUAGCAGUCCUCGAGUCUUCUUACCCUGUCGUGGUCCGCAAAUUUGGUUUACGCCCAAACAGCGGUGGUCAUGGAAAAUAUAGAGGUGGCGAUGGCGUCAUCCGAGAACUGGAAUUUCUCCAGGAUGGCAUAGAAUUAAGCUUAUUGACGCAAAGACGUUCCACCAGGCCGUUUGGACUCGCAGGUGGCGGAGAUGGGCAGAGUGGGAAACAAAUGCUCAUUAGUACCACAAAAAAUACUAGAGUACUUUCAGGUUGCGAACGUGUAGAAAUUACGGCUUCCCCCUAUGCAUCUCUGGAAGCAUCUUAGGCACUUUUUCAAGGGGAAAAGCGUCUCAAGAUGGUCUUCAAGAUGGAUUCGGGUGAGCUCUAAAGAAAACAUCAAAGCAGGUAGUGUGUUGCGGAUAGAGACUCCAGGAGGUGGUGGUUACGGAGUGCGGGCAGAUUCUCCUAUAGGAGAGGACAAAUCACAACUGCACUCACCUACUCGCCAACCAGCAAGAACGAAUUCUAUCGCUCUUUCAUCCUCGAAUGUGGAAUUUUGAAGAGUUUGGAUGUAGAGGUUUUAGUUUUUGUCCAUCACCGAUUUCUAUUCAAUAGGAAUAGCAUUGUUCUUCUUCAUCAAGAAUUUACCUUUUUUUUGCCGAAUGCGCUCGCUUGCGUGUAUUCUUAUAUCCUACCACCUUUCAUGAGGUCGGGUUUUUCAACACUAUAAUCAAGGUAACGAUCUUCGUAGGUUUUUACGAAGAUUAUGACCCCUACUUCUCCCCUUGCGGGAACCGUAUUGAUUCAAAGAAGCGUUUUAACGCUUUUGUUUUAGAUUUUUUACAGGAGACAAUCGAGAUUCUUGCGAAAUCUCGCAGAAGCAGUCGGGCGACAUUGAUGGCACACGCGGUAGGACACUGUCCUCUGUGUUUCAGAAACGAAGCAAGCAAGAUUACUGUUCAAAGCACAGAUGGAAAGAAGUAUUUACAUUUUCAUUUUGGCAUGAUGUUCAUGGUCUUAAUAUCAAAUAUAGACAGCAGCGACAAUUGUGUCGUGUUGGAAAGUCACGUAGCUUAGAAGACAGAAAAAUGGACUUCCCGGAUUUACAACGUGAAUGGCGUGCCCACGAAGGUGCGAGGCG